AUGUCACAACCCAUUGCACAACCCGAGGCGCCUCGUGCGAGAACUGCAUCAUGGUCUUGGAGAAGGUUUUUUCGAAAGGAUGACAGCAAUACCGCCCCCCCACCACAAGAGUCUGCCCCGCGGCCCGGGGUCGCCCGCCGAAUAUCUCGAAAGGUAGUGCCGGGAUUGCCUCGACCGGGGACUUUUAAGAGACAACAAUCAGAGCUUCGAGACAGACUGGUACCUAGUAUAAUACUAGAUACUCCUGAACGGCGCACGGUAUCAACGGAUCGAAAUCGAAGUUUGCCUCGAGCGGGAACUUUUAAGAGACGACAAUCAGACCUUCGAGACAGACCGGUACCUAGUAUAAUACUAGAUACUCCUGAACGGCGCACGGUAUCAAAGGAUCGAAAUCGAAGUUAUGCCUCUUAUCGAGACCCGUCCACUGCGGUGGAACGUGGCCGGAGACGUAGUAGACCGGAAUUCCUAGAAACGACAAUCGACGAUAUGCUAGAUAAACCUAGCAAGCCGUCCUCCAACUCCAGCAUCUCUGGACCAUUAGCCUAUUCGGGCACCAAGGCGGACCCUGUUCCUUGGGAUACCUGGAUGUCCAUACGAAAUGAGGGCAUAUCUGGUAUUGCAGGUAGAUAUACGCAAGGUGGCGGCGAAGUAUUUAGCCAGGCAGAUCAGGAGUAUCAGCCUUCAGAAGACAUCCCAGAUACGUUCCGCAAUUCGACUCUGGGCACGUUUGAACCCGAUAACGAAGCGAUGUACGAAGGCAAAAUCGACGAACACAACGAAGAGAUGAACGACGACGCCUCAAAUACGAAUCCGCUUCAGCGGGAGUUCCUUGCCAGAGAAGAUAUAUGGCAGGGCUAUAAGAUAUCUGGUUCGGAUAUUACUCCCUGGCAUCAAAAUAUCUCGGAGCCGAACUUCAGGAAGCCUUCCGAGUCCAUCUUUACAGGCGAUAGCGAAGAUGAGAGCGGAUCCACGAGAGAGAACAAAAAUGAGAUCGCAAAUUGGGCCGUCAGUACGUCAGAUAUUGCAUCUGUGGCAUCGGUCGAUGAGGACAUUUUCUCUACGGCUGGUUCACUCUCUACCAAUUCAACCGUCUCCUCUAUCCGUCUUACCGCCAUUGACCAUCUUGUCGGUGUUUUUGUCGCGGACAAUGAGUUAGCACCACUCUAUGCACAAGCUGCGAAACGGUUAGGACAGGAGAGAUUUGUUCGAAACCAAAGACGUCUCCUGAAGAUAUACUUCUUGGAUCUACGCUCGCGGACUCAAUCACAGCUUCACGAGCAAGCAAUCCGCAUAUUACGCGGUCGCUCUGAGAGAACAUCAAUUGCUGAGCAAAUCUGGAGUAUCGUCAGCCCUAAUAAGUCAAAAAGUGCAGAUAUGAAAGCCCUGCUCGCCCAAAAGCCGGACAAGCAAAUACAACUUGAGCGACUUCUCGGAACUCAGAUCAGCGAUGAAAAUAUAGAUGAAGAGGCUGGUCUUGCCACGGACAGCGAGUCAAGUGAAGAGUCGGAGAAAAGUGACUCGGAAGGAUCGGAUUUUGCCGAUAAAGAAGCAAAGUAUCCCAAUGUAGCAUUGGCAACUGAUUUCCUUGUUGGCGGGCCGGCUUUCAAACAAUACGUGACAAAUGUGAGGACCUUCCUCCGUCUGGAGGUGGGGCCUUCCACCCUGCAGGAGCAAGUUGUCAAAGGCGACGUCAAAUCCGCUACUAGACUUUUGCAACAGCAUUUUCAUGAAGUCGCUAUCGAUGAAUUCAAUUGGCUUCAUGAACUAGUGGAUAUAGGCUGCGAAUUUGAGGAAAUGGCAAAGCUGCUCAUCGAUAGUGAAGCUGGAUCACCAUGGAUCCUGAUGAGUGCUCCUCCCACAGAUCUAUUAAUUAUGUGCCGCAGAUGGCAUCGGGAGAAUUGUGUUCACAAGGGUGGGCAUAAAAUCGAAACUGCACCCAGAGUAAUCAGCGCAAAUACUCCGAAAGCCAUCAGCCAUGAACCCGAGCGAGGAAUGACUGGAGUGAAGGAGAGCAUUGGCAAAUGGUGUGGCUUAGCAGGUGUGCUUCCCCUAGCUGAUGAGCAAGACACAGUUGAGUGGAUGCGAUGGACAUCGUGUGUCCAAUUCACAGGAGAAGAUAAUUCUGUCGCCUGGGUUAGCUAUGCCGAAGAAGAGUUUCCGGCAAAACCCGAGAUCCGGUUGGCCCGUAUAGUAGACACUCUACGGAGGACGUGUUCUGCCAUUGGCUUCUUACAAGAGAGCGACCUCAUCUGCGACGGUUUCACAGUACUGAAAUUGGACACUGGGAAAGAGCUGUGCAUUGAGCUGUCCCAGAUCAAUGUGGAACCCAUUGAAGAGUUAUAUCUAAUAAUAAAAACUCUGGAGGAGGGAAUGCUUCAUGAUCCUACAAACCUGGUUCGGUUCAAGAUUUGUUCAUUGGCAGCAGAAGCCUUCGUUUCGAUGUUUGGAGAGCGAUACCACGAGCACGAAAUCAGUCUGGAUGCCGUAUUGAAUGACUGUGCGCUGGCAGCCCAGAUAUUAUCACUCGGUGUUUUGAGCUACUCACAGGCGCACAUUGGGCAUUUAAGCCCGGGAUUUCUUGUAGGUUCGUUGCAAGAAGUUCACCUACUAGGCACGUCUCCAGAGACGUCUUCCCAUGUCGUUACUAGACUGCGCAACUUCACUUGCAUGAAAGACAUGGUUCGAGACCCGGUUCUUGUCUUUCAGAUUGCGACGGAAGGCUCUUCAUUGUCUGAUCCUCCGGUUGAUUAUGAUCUUUUAGCCUCUCCUCAAGACCUAGCCAUCACAUGGAGUCCUACCAGAUUCAUUACCGAGCCCAAUGGAACAAAUCUGUACGCCGUAGAGAUUCGAGGAGGGAUGAUUAACUUCCCCCAAACCUCUUCCACAAAGGCGCAUUGGAGUCCCGGGCAGAAUUAUCACGGAGAAUACGGUUCAGGGUUCAUAUGGGACCAGAAGAUCCUGAUCGGAGGCACCAUAAUUAACGAUAAAUGCCCCUUAGACGAAACAAAAAGCUGGCAACAUCCAGCAAACUAUGCCUAUGUCAAGCGUCUUGGUACCAGUGAUACUCGUUGGGAGCUUCGAGAAAAACAAGUAGGCAUGCAGGGCGGACAAUACAUCACUCUAGCAUUCAAUCCUACCUAUAUCAAACAGGAUGGCGUCACACUGAAGCAACAGCAAUUGAUGCUGCCAUUCAACGAGAUUGACUUAGCUUUUUUGAACUCGACCUGUGGCCUCCAAAUCAGCUUCUGUACAGGUGUUGCGCGCCGGGUUCCGCUGCGGGUACUGCUCGCAGAUGUCAUGGUGCCAUUUGUCGAAUCUCGACUCUCGAAGCCAGCACACUGGGAAGAACUAAAGACAAAAUUCGCCAUCGUCGAAAAUUUCAGAAGCGAUCUAGGACAGUGGUUUGAUCGGUUAUCAACGGGACUGAGGGAAUCCGCGAUCCAAAUUGUCCGAUCAAUGCUCGGAAUCCUCAAGGAUACUGGGAUCGACAAGAAUGGCGAGGAGCUUGUCAUUGCGUGGGUUAGAAAGGAGGACCCGUAUUUGUGUCUAAGAUUGCGUUGCGAGAAGACCAGUCUCUGGGCUCGUAUCCUCGCAGAUUCAGAAGACUGUGCGACAUUUGCAUGCAUCACGCCCCUUUGCAUUGAAAUCGAGAAACACAAGUGCCGCGGCCUCGAAGUAGCGCCAUGGCACAGCGUCAGCAAUCUCCUCGACACAGCAGUUUGCCAGCAUCUCGAAUCGGGAGCUGACAACAGUUGCGAACACACUUGCGCCGUGGCAGUUGCAGCAUCAGGCGUCAUAUUGGAUUGGGAAGUCGGGAUCGAAUCUCAUUGCCAAAGUGUGGUUGACGAAUGA